AUGGAUAAGAAGACGAAAAUUGUUGACGUGCGGGAUUUGAAUACGCCCGAUAACUGGAUCGUACGUGAUCCAGAAUUAAUUCGACUGACCGGGAAUCAUCCGUUCAAUUGUGAGCUACCUCUUACAAAAUUAUUACAAUGUAGUUUUUGGACUCCAAUAAGAUUACAUUUUGUUCGAAAUCACGGCUAUGUACCAAAAAUUGAUUGGAAUGAACAUCGUGUUCGUGUUUGUGGGACCCUAAGGUUAGUGUUUUUUAGCAGAUGCGCCGCAAAAUACUGUACAAAACCAUACUUAAACUUUAAUUUCACAGCUUCAAUCAAGAAAACUAUGCAAAUUAUAGGAAAGACGAAAAAAAUGAAAACUUUUUAAAGUCAAAAACGAUUUCUUGUGUUAAUGUUUUAAUGGUAAGAAAACCUGAAUCAUUCAUUAUGUAGCCCUGACUUCGCUCUAUCUUUUAGCUACAAUUCACAUUUUUUCACAUCAAAACCCAUGGAAAAGUAACCAUUUUUUGAUCUGUUGUCACGGAUUUUUUCAUUAAUUUUUCAAAUUCGGGCUAUAGUGGUGCUUUCAGUAAAAGUCCCAUAACUUCAUCAAACUAAAAGCUUUUUCGAUCGGAUGUGUUUUGUUUUGAUCAGAAAUGAUUGCUCUUGUCUACCUAACUGCAAAAUCAAAACAUCGAUUAUGUUUUCCGUUUCUUGCUUGGGCACAUUGUUGGAAACGUGUGGCUGUCAAUUUUUGACGUAUUUUUGUAACUUCGUUCUGCAGCACACCAUCUGCUCUAAAAAAUUUCUUUUCCAGACUACCAGAAAGAGCACAUUCAGAAGUACAAAAAAACUGAGUUCUCACUUCUGAUACACUUUUUUACGAAAGUAUUAGCAGAAGAAAAACGUUCGAGUCGCAAAAAAUACCAAAUUUAGAAAGUUUCAUUUUUUCCGCCUUUCGUAUAAUCUGCGUAGUUUUCUUGAUUGAAGUUCUGAAAUUAAACUUUAAGUAUGGCUUUGUACAGUAUUUCGCGGCGCAUCAGUUAAAAGAAACACUAACCCUAGGGUCCUAAAGAAACACGAGAAAAAUAGAAAGUACUCAGACCACCAUUUAUUCUGCGCCUCAACAACAAGAACCUAAGGAACAAACAGUAACGGCGAACGGUCGUUCAUUUCUUUUAAAGAUAUUUUUACCUUUUCGCGUUUUUCCUGCACUUUUUACCUCCAAAAUUCAACUUUUAUGCAAUGUCAGUGAUUUAAUCAUUAACAAACAGAGCAAAGAAACAAGAAACCCUGCUUUUAUACUAAACAAUAAUAGAGAACGGUCUUCCCUAGAGAACGUACUUGAGUACUUGCUAAGUACUUGGAAAAAUACUGACAAAUAAAUAUAGAUUAAACUUGGAAAAAUUGGCAAGUGUUUUCAAAAUUUCUCACUUGCGAUGUGCUUUCAGAAGACUUCUCAAUGAUAAAAUACUUGCUUUUAUUGCUAAGAAGUACUUUGUAAAAGUGCUUGGCAAGUAAGGCCUUUUUUAUUAUCCUUAACCGUAAAAAGCGUGUUUAAAAACUAAAAGUGUUUUUCUGUUUGAGCAAAAAAUUAAAAAGUGUUUUUUAGAAAGUCUCGAAGGUUUUUCUACCUUUGGUAAAAAUCAGAAGAGUAUUUUCCUAACGCAUUUGGUUUAGGGAAACAUCUUUUUUGGUUUUUCAAGUAGCGAAGGAUUUUCUAGUUUGAGUAAAAAAUCACAAGGGAUUUUUAAAAAGAGUUAAUCGAACACUUUAUAUUUCGAAAUCCAACAAACAAUUCAUCUUAAUGUCGGUGAACUCUUAUGUAGCGAUUUCUAUAUGAAGGCAGAGUGAAAACGAGAAACUUUUGACAGUAAUGACAAGGCUUUCGAUCGACGGAAGCUCGCAGAACGGAGAGAGCGGGUUAGCCUGGUUUCCGUACAUGUUUCUGAUCAGAGAUAUUCUAUUAUACAAACUCAAGUUCAAGCGGCCUUAUCU